CACCAACCGCGCAUUUCAUCAGCAGCACUUCCUCAUGCGUGUGCACUUGCCUCUUCAUUACUGUUUGACACUGCACAGCAUAUUCUGUGCAUUUCUUUGCAUGUUGGUUGGUGAGUAGAUACAAUCAGACUCAUGCCAAGGGUCUAACAUUGUCACUGGAUCCAGUGGACACAUCUACCUCCCCAGGACAAAUGGACAAGACUUCAGGGAAAGGACAGGUGGAAAAUGAACAGAUUAUUUCUCCCAACACACGAAGGACUUUUCGUUUCUCAUCUCUUCGCAUCAAAAAAAGGCACAACAGUGAGGAUGAGGGGGGAUUUGAUCGAAGGAGAGGGUUGGCGUCUUUUUCAUCAGCUCGAGAAUCAUCCAGAAAAGUUAUAGAUGAAGACGGCCCCUCAGAAGGACGACGGGUUCAAGAGCUGCUGAAGAAAUUUGGUGAGCAGCCCAAAGAAAACCUCACCACCUCUGAUGUGCCUGGAAAACGCAGUGCUACACCACCCAAUGAGGAUGAUGGACGACCAGGGGCCCUCAAGAGGUUUAGUGCUUUGUGGCCCUCCUUUCGAAAAGGCAGAAAAGACAAAGUCAAAGACCCUGAGCCUGAGGCGGAGCAGAACCUGCCAGUCGUUGACAAUGUGUCCAUGCAACCCCGCCGGGUCAGUGGCCAGUACUUCUUUGAGUAUCUAGUGGUGGUCAGCCUUAAAAAGAACAAAGAUGGCAGCAGCUAUGAACCUCAGAUUACCUACCAGUUUCCUAAGAGAGAUGUAAUGGCCAAAUAUCAAAAGGAGGACGAGGAGAAGACCCUGAAGGCCAUCUCUCUAUUCUGUUUCCCAGAGGGCAUCAACUGGGCUCCUUUAACAGAGUAUCACAGUGAGACCUUCUCCUUUGUUUUGACUGAGAUUGAUGGCAGUAGAAGAAAUGGAUACUGCAGAAGGUUACUGCCAAAAGGAAAAGGAGCUCGGCCUCCAGAGGCUUACUGUAUCAUCAGUUCACUGGCUUGCUUCGGCCUCUUCUCUAAGAUAUUUGAUGAAGUGGAGAAGCGGCGGCAGAUCUCCAUGGCCUUGAUCUACCCAUUCAUGCAGAAGCUGAGAGAGGCUUCAUUCCCGGCUCCCGGUCAAACAGUGGAGAUUAAGAGCUUCAUUCCUGAGUCGGGCACUGAGAUCAUCCAUCUGACCCGACCUUUGGACUCUUGGCUGGAACACGUCAACUUUUGCACGCUGUUCGAUUGCCUGACAGACGAGGAGGUGCUGCAGGUGUUUGCUGCUGCUGUUCUGGAGAGACGGAUCAUUUUUAUAGCAGAAGAACUAGGGACAUUGUCUCAGGUCCUUCACGCUGUUGCUGCCCUCCUGUAUCCUUUCACCUGGCAGCACACCUUCAUCUCCAUCGUUCCAGAAAUCCUGAUUGACGUGGUGAUGGCUCCCACACCCUACCUGCUGGGGGUCCAGAAGCGCCUGCUGGACCAAGUCACCGACCAGAAUGAUUUACUGGUGGUUGACUUAUCGAAGAACAAGGAGAAGACUUUCCUGGUGACUAUUGGUGACGAGGAUUCAAUUCUUCCCCCAAAGCUUCAGGCAGAAAUACUGGAUGCUAUUGGUCAGAGAAAAAAAGUUUCAAAUUUGGAGGAGGUUAAGAAGGUGGAGGAAGUGAACCGCGUGGUGUCGGAAGCCUUCCUCCAUUUUUUUGUUCGAACCGUUGGCCAUUACGCCUCCUAUGUCAAAUACUCAAAAGAAGGCCCCGGUGAGUUUGAGAAGAGACGCUUCUACAAGGCCAUCGAGUCCAAGACCACCCGACACUUUGUCAAGAAGUUCAUCCAGACGCAGAUGUUUGACCUGUUUAUUCAGGAGGCGGAACAGCAGCAGCCGCUGGGGCAGCCUCAAGGAAUAUUUCACAGAAAGAUCGCCGAAUAUCAGAAGAAAAGCGAGAAAUCGAAGAAACACUAGCUGACACUUUGGGACUCUGGGUGUAAAUAUAUCUAUAAAUAGUAGGAGCGUAGAUAGGAAAAGAUGUGAAUAUUGCACUGUGUUUUUUUAAUUAUUUUUAAGUUUGGUUUAAUAUAAUUAUUUGUCAAAGUGUGAAUUACUGUAUGACCGUGGUGCUGCUACUCACAGUGUCAAACACUGGCGUAUGGGAAACUUCUGACAGUGAGGUGAAUUUUAGACUGUGGCCUCCUUUUGGACGCUAAUGAACAGGAAAAUCAUUUCUUAUAUAGAUUUAAUUCAGUCCAUGGACCUUCUGAUGUGAUUUUAAUGCUUGAGGAGUUUAGUUUUAGGAUGCAUCCAAUGUUUACUUUCACUGUUGUUACUGUAUAGAGUCUCAAAUUUUAUGUAAAAACUGAAUUCUUCAGUGUGUAUAAAUGAAAAUGUUUCUAAAAUUCCUUCCAAUUAAAAAAAUCAGAUGAAAUAAA